AUGCACCCCUUUUCCGUCCUCACACUUGGGAUCUUUGUCGCGGGCUAUAUUACCGCUAGGUGGGACCUCGUUACCCGUCUAUACGAAUUGGCAAUCUUUGCCUGGGAUCACGGUGUCGUUACACGGACUGCAAAGGGCUUCCUGUUUCUUUCCGUCUUCUUUUUCCUCCUCGUCCUACCUAUCAAUCACCUCGCGUCCAAGGAGGGUCAACUGGAUGACAAUAUGCUCAUGAGUGAUGGACUGCUACGGGUAUUCUGGCCGUAUGAUCUCCCAAGAUCUUCAUCACCUGGUGUGAUUGUCGGAUGGCGGAACUCGGAGCUUGAUCUAUUCGUGCUUACAGUGUUGGAAGAUGUCGAGCCGCGGAAUGUUGACAAUGCUCUUCGUGCCGGGAUCUUGUUUCGAAAUAGUCCGCACCCGAUUGUGCGCAUAUUCAAUCUUUGCGGCCGCUCUCAGAUGCAUGUGCUUGGUUCGACCAAUUCCUCUGUUUCGCCGACAACUUUCAGCUCUUCGCAUCUCGAUGUCACUUUGACUCCGCCGCUGAAGGCUCCUCGGAUAUUUUGUCCCCCGGAGGCGAAUCUCUCCGUUCAGGUGAUCAUGUAUCACCGUCCGCAUCCAACACGCAUGGAAUACAUGUCACUUUACCCGAUUUCUUUGGCCCUCGGUGACAAAGCGACGAAGGCAGAGACAUUAGGUCUGUCAGCAACCAAUAAUGAGCCAGAGGAAGGUGACAAGACUGGAUCCAAGGGCUUGGUCGAGAAGCUCAAGCUCCACUCCGUGGUGAAACAUGUCCCAUCGCAGAAGGAGCAAGCUCUCCCGCUCAUCAUAAACCAAGUCAACUGUGCAUACGAAAUGUCACAGCUCAUGCAUAAGAACAGUCACUUAAUUGGGAUUCGUGCGAAACGAAGUAUGAGUGUUGGUGAGCGUGUGGUAGAGUCAGCGACCACUCUGUGGGGCUUCAUUGUCCUCUGCAUCGCUCACGUUUUUUGGCAAUGGAUUUGGCCUGUUGUUACCCGAAUCUUUGUCAUUGGGCUGGUGUGUCAUCGUUCAGUUGCGGAGCUUGUCCUGCAAGUUCUCGAGUGGCGUGCUCGGCCUGAUGCUGCUGCUCUCAAGGACAUAUCGGCCACCGCCCAGCAGGUCGAUAUACGUUUGCAGCAGUUUUGCUACUGGCCAAUUCAGUAUGUCAAGCUUCGGCAGAGGAAAGAUAAUUGGGAGAGUGUGACGACCAGUCACCCUGAUUAUAUCCGGUUCUACAACAGUCUGUGGCUUGUUGCCAAUGAUGUGAUUAUUGGAAUUGCCAUGGGCUCCUAUAUCAUUGAUAAUGCGAACUGGGUUGCUUCACAGAUCAAUCUAGUCUUGACUGGGUGGACCGUGGAAGGACUCCAGCGUACCAUCUCUUGGCUGAUGGACUGGCCAGCCGGUUUAAAGCUCAACAACGAGCUGGCAGCCUUCCUCGGUGAUCUGUUCCUUUGGGUCAUCGAGAACUGGGCUGCUUGUAUCGCCAACCUUCAACCUUUUCUUCCUGCUGUCAUCUGGGUCGUUGGAUGUUCCAGCUUUGCGGGGGCCAGUAUGCCAAUCGCCCUCUUCUCCGACCUCCUUUCGAUCCUGACUGUUCACAUUUACUCCUUCUAUAUUGCCUCCGCGCGGAUCUUCAACUGGCAACUCACUAUCAUCAUUUCCCUUUUCCACCUCUUCCGCGGAAAGAAACGCAACGUCCUCCGCAACCGAAUAGAUUCAUGCGACUACGACCUAGACCAACUUCUCCUUGGCACCAUUCUUUUCACCGUCCUCUUUUUCCUACUUCCAACAGUGGUAGUCUUUUAUUUGACCUUUGCAUCUGCCCGGAUGUUAAUUAUUUCCAUGAAGGCAGGAUUUGAUACCUGCCUUGCAUUCUUGAACCAUUUCCCACUCUUCGCAUUGAUGCUCCGCGUGAAAGACUCCAGGCGUCUACCAGGAGGCAUCCGCUUCGAGCUUCGGGAUGAGCCCAGCCGAAGCUCGUCCAGCGCGGAGUCGUCAGCGCUAGUCUCCUAUAUCCACUUGGAGUCUAUACCACUUCCAUUGCGCGCAAUGUUCGAUCAAUACUUCCAACUGGGCCAUCGGCUUCGAAAGCACUACCUCGCCCCUCGUGUUAUCUUCUGUCUCAUGACCGGUCGCUUUGUUCCACCCAUCCACCGGCGCAACCUCUAUAGCAUGCAGUAUAGUAUGCUUCCAGCCCGUCGGGCUGGCAUGGCAGAGGUUUGGUCAUUACUUACUCAGACCAAGAAAACUAGCGGCGGCAGUAGCAGCUCUGGGUCUUUGGGCGGUGGUAUAGGAGUCCCAGGUAAUCCUAUUCCUAAGGUUCCGGCGAACUUUGGUCAGGGAGACCCACGGAGAAGGGGCCAUCGUUGA